AACGAAAUCAAGAAGACGAAGAGCUUUCUUUUGAGAUCCGAGGAGAAUGGAGACUACCGUGAGGAACAAGCAAGUGAUACUAAAAGAUUACGUGAAGGGUUCCCCUAAAGAGUCUGAUCUACUGAUAGUUUCCAGCACCGUGGAACUUAAGGUUAAGCCUGGAUCAUCGGCUAUUCUGGUGAAGAAUCUUUACUUGUCUUGUGACCCUUACAUGGGGAUUCUCAUGGGAGAACCAAAUCCUUCGACCUCAGCCCUCAUGGAUGUCUUCUUCGUCCCUGGCAAGCCUAUAGCUGGAAUUGGAGUGUCGAGGGUGAUAGAUUCUGAUGAUCCAACUUUCUCUAAAGGUGAUUUUGUUUGGGGAACGGUCGACUGGGAAGAGUAUAGUAUUAUUAACCCAACGGGUAGCUUCAAAAUCGACCUCAAUAUCAAUGUUCCUCUCUCCUACUACACUGGAAUCCUCGGUAUGCCCGGUUUGACUGCUUAUGCUGGAUUUUACGAGAUUUGUUCACCUAAGAAAGGAGAAACAGUCUUCAUUUCUGCGGCUUCUGGAGCGGUUGGGCAGCUCGUGGGUCAGUUUGCUAAGUUGAUGGGCUGCUAUGUUGUUGGAAGUGCCGGAAGUAAAGAAAAGGUCGAUCUCUUGGUGCAAAAACUCGGUUUCGAUGAUGCAUUCAAUUACAAGGAAGAGCAUGACACUGACUCCGCCUUAAAGAGAUGUUUUCCAAAAGGGAUUGACAUAUACUUUGAGAACGUAGGAGGCAAAAUGCUUGAUGCCGUGCUACUGAACAUGAAAACCUAUGGAAGAAUUUCUGUCUGCGGAAUGAUCUCUCAGUACCAUCUUGAAACCAGAGACAUAGUACAUAAUCUACCUGUCAUCAUGUUCAAGAGGUUAAGGAUGCAAGGGUUUGCUUCUUUUGACUUCAUUGAUAGAUUCCCUAAGUUCUUGGAGUUUAUUCUUCCAUAUAUAAAAGACGGAAAGUUAACGUACGUGGAAGACAUUGUUGAAGGACUCGAGAAUGGCCCUGCUGCUCUUGUAGGACUUUUCCGUGGGCAGAACAUUGGAAAACAAAUUCUUGAAGUUUCUAGAGAGUGAGAGAUAUCGAACGGUUAUUGGUACGGCUAUGCUUUAUAGAAUCCUAUCAUUUUGUUAUAAGGAGAUUCGUAUGGUUUGUUUAAAAGUGGUAGCUGAAUAUCUAUUGAAAUAAGAUAUAAUUAGAUUUUAAC